AUGUCAGAUACUAAAGUAUCAUCGCCUGCCAUAAACUCGUCUAGUAACGUUGGUCACCGGAAAUUUUUAGACGAGGCGAAUAAGACUGAUGAAGCGCUCCGAACGUUCACUGAAUUGAAAAAAUGUGCAUAUGCUUACAAGGAUCUUGGGAACGCUAAUAGCAAUGAUUUCAUGGAGUGUGACUGUUACGAGGAGUUUGAAAAUGGUAUAAACUAUGCCUGCGGGGAAAGCAGCGAUUGUAUUAAUCGACUCACACUUAUAGAGUGUGUUAAUGGAGAGUGUGGAUCAUGCGGAGACAAUUGUCAGAAUCAAAGGUUUCAAAAAUGCCAAUACGCGGAUAUUGCAGUGUUUAAAACUCAGAAAAAGGGCUAUGGUGUACGCUGUGAGGAAGACAUCGAAGCGCAUCAAUUUAUUUACGAAUAUAUUGGUGAAGUUAUCACUGAAGACAGGUUUAGAGAGAGGAUGAUUCAAUAUGACCAAGAGGGACUGAAACAUUUCUAUUUUAUGAUGCUCCAAAGCGGAGAGUUCAUUGACGCUACUAAAAAGGGAUCGCUAGCGAGAUUUUGCAACCAUUCUUGUAAUCCCAACGCGUAUGUUAGCAAAUGGUCUGUGGACGGGAAAUUACGAAUGGGCAUUUUUGCCAAUAGAAAUAUAACUAAAGGUGAGGAAAUUACCUUUGACUACAACGUGGACCGUUAUGGCGCUACAGCCCAGCCUUGUUAUUGUGAGGAGCCUAACUGUAUAGGAUUUUUGGGCGGCAAGACUCAAACGGAUGCAGCGUCCUUGUUGCCACAAAAUUACGCAGACGCUCUAGGCGUGAAUCCCUCAACUGAGAAGAAAUGGAUUAAGGCCAAGAAGGCUGCCGGCGAGAAGAUUCUGAAGAGCGAGAAGGAUAAUAUUAAUGUUGAGUUCGUUAAGCACUUGGAAUUACAGCCCUGUGAGAGCUUUGAGGAUGUUUCUAAGGUGAUGGGUGUUCUCUUGCAAUUAGAUGAUGAGUUAAUUGCGAGAAGACUGACUGAGAGGUUAUUUCUGACAAAGGACCAAGCAUUGCACUUUCAAAUUAUUAAACUGCACGGUUAUAGGUGUUUUGCGAAGCUUUUAACGACAUUUCGAGACGACAUAGAUUUUUGCACUGAGCUUCUUGAAUACCUGGAAGGUCUUCCCAAGACGACAAAAAAUGGCAUUGUUUCUUCUCGUUUGGGCAAUGUCAUCGAGGACUUGUCACCUGUCCCUGAGUUCUCAAAUAUAUGUCAGAACUUGUUGGCGAAAUGGGCAACUUUCGAAACCUACAAGCGCAUCACGAAAAAGGACAUCUCAGAUUCUGGCGACCGAAAAUUGGAUUUGAGGAGGAUACGACUGCCGCCAGGGUGGGAAAUUAUUCACGAGAAUGGACGUCCUGUGUACUUCAACGCGGAACAGCAAACCAAACUAAAUGAACCUCCUACCGGAGAAGUGAAAGCAUUACAAAAUGGGACCUCGAAUAGAUCUCGAGAGUCAAGCUCUUUUGGUGAAAACCUGGGAGGCGGGACUUUUGCCAAAAAGAGGCCAGCCUUGGAUCAGGAAACGUAUGAAAAGAAGAAGAAACAAAGACUCGAUAUGCAGAUCAAGGAAUUAGAGAAAGUAAAAGAAGAGGAACUCCGACAAUUGAAGGCUAAACUAGAAUUGGAGAACGAAAAGAAGUCUGAGUUGGAGCGCAUCAUUGCAGAAGCCAACCAACAAAAAGAGCAAGAACGAGAGGAGAACCAAAAACGCUUGAUGGAGCAGGAGGAAAAACGUCUCAAAAGGCUACAACAAACGAAGGGGGAUCAUCUAACGCAUCGCUGGAACAAAUUUUUCGCUGGAUUUGUGCCAAAUAUGAUAAAGCACUAUGAAAAAGAUCUUAGCCGCGAGCACAUCAAAGAGUGUGCUCGAGAUAUUGCGAGAAUUUUGUCAGGUAAGGAAUUAAAGAAAAACGGCCAGAAGGGUCCGCCUAAUGAAUUGAGCAAAGAAAAGAGGAAAAAAGUGAAAGAGUUUACUCAAGUUUAUAUGGACAAAUUUUGUCAAAGAAGAUCUGAAAAGACCAAGAAACGGAGCGCUUAA